UCCUCUACUGCCGGUGAGCUGAUGAUUGGCUGAAACAGCGGCGUCACACUCUACGUGCCUCGGUGACGCCCCACACUUUCCCACCAUGCAACGGGUGAUGUCCGAGGAAAGAUGGCGGAAGGAGGAGCGGCAGAUCUGGAUACCCAGAGAGGAGAGGUUGCGGCACUGUUGAAAACACAGCUAAGAAAGGGAGACACUUGGUACCUUGUGGACAGUCAUUGGUUCAAACAGUGGAAGAAAUAUGUGGGAUAUGACAGUUGGGACAAAUACCAGAUGGGUGACCAGAAUGUCUACCCAGGACCAGUUGAUAACUCUGGUCUUCUCAGAGAUGGGGAUGUGCUGGCCAUCAAGGAGCACCUCAUCGAUGAGCUUGACUACAUCUUGGUCCCAACAGAGGGCUGGAAUAAGCUCGUCAGCUGGUAUGGAUUGACAGAUGGCCAAGAGCCAAUUGCACGCAAGGUGGUGGAACAGGGUAUGUUUGUGAAGCACUGCAAGGUGGAGGUGUACCUGACGGAGCUGAAGCUCUGUGAAGACAGCAACAUGGACAAUGUGAUCACCAGACGCUUCAGUAAAGCUGACACAAUAGACAUGAUAGAGAAGGACAUGAGGAAGCUGUUCAGCAUCCCUGAUGAGAAGGAGACCAGGCUGUGGAACAGGUACAUGAGCAACACCUUUGAGCCUCUCAACAAACCCGACAGCACCAUUCAAGACGCCGGCCUCUACCAAGGACAGGUUCUCGUAAUAGAGCAGAAGAGUGAGGAUGGCACAUGGCCCCGAGGCUCCACGGCACCCAAGUCAUCUGGUGCUUCCAAUCUCUCUGCUUUGCCAAAGAUCUCGCCUUCAUCUCUCACAAACAAUCAUAACAGCAGCUUCAACAGCAGGAAUGUGAAGAAUUCAAGCUAUAGUCUGCCGUCCUACCACCCCUACAGCAACAGCUAUGACUACUCAGACCAGAGCAGGCAGAGUGAGCGCUCAGGCCUCUGUGGACUCUCCAACCUAGGCAACACCUGCUUCAUGAACUCUGCAGUGCAGUGUUUAAGCAAUAUCCCUCCACUGACGGAGUACUUCCUCAAAGACAAGUACACAGAUGAGCUGAAUGAGGACAACCCGCUGGGCAUGAAGGGGGAGAUUGCCAGAGCCUACGCCGAGCUUAUCAAGCAGCUGUGGUCAGGCAAAUACAGCUACGUCACCCCAAGGCCUUUCAAGACCCAGGUGGGCCGCUUCGCCCCACAGUUCUCGGGCUACCAACAGCAGGACUCUCAUGAGCUGCUGGCCUUUCUCCUGGACGGCCUUCACGAGGACUUGAACCGCAUCAGGAAGAAGCCCUACAUCCAGCUCAAGGACGCUAACGGCAGGCCUGAUAAGGUGGUGGCAGAGGAGGCGUGGGAGAACCACAUCAAGAGAAACGACUCCAUCAUUGUGGACAUCUUCCAUGGCCUUUUCAAGUCCACCCUGGUGUGUCCUGUGUGCGCUAAGGUCUCUGUGACCUUUGAUCCUUUCUGCUACUUGACCCUGCCCCUGCCCAUGAAGAAGGAGCGGACACUGGAGGUCUAUCUCGUCAGACUCGACCCUCUGGCCAAACCCACACAGUACAAGCUGACCGUGCCGAAGGUGGGCUACAUCUCUGACCUGUGUACCUCCCUCUCCAACCUGUCUGGAGUGGCUGCUGAGAAGAUGAUUGUAACUGACAUCUACAACCACCGUUUCCAUCGGAUCUUCGCCACCAACGAGAACCUCAGCAGCAUCAUGGAGAGAGAUGAUAUCUAUGUGUUUGAGUUGGCUGUGAACAAGGUGGAGGAUACGGACCAUGUAGUGAUCCCAGUGCACCUGAGGGAGAAGUACAAACAGUCAGGAUACAACCACACCAGCACGCCGCUCUUCGGACAGCCCUUUCUCAUCGCCGUCCCCAGAACCCUAAGUGAAGACAAACUCUACAACAUGCUGCUCCUUCGCCUCUGCCGGUUUGUGCGAUCUUCAGUAGAAGAGGAGGAAGAGGAUUGUGAAGAGACGCAGCCAUCCAAACAACACACUGUCAAUGGUAACGCCACUAAUGGACUGCUUGAGGAGGGGUCGCCGAGCGAGAUGGAGACAGACGAGCAGGACGACGAGUCCAGUCAGGAUCAGGAGCUUCCCUCCGAGAACGACAACAGCCAGUCAGAGGACUCUGUGGGUGGGGACAACGAGCUGGAGAAUGGUGUGGUUGGUCCUCAGAACUCCACCAAAGGACAGCAGACGGCCGGGCACAACAGAAAGAGACUUUUUACAUUCCAGUUCAAUAACAUGGGAAAAACGGAUUUCUCCCUCAUCAAGGAGGACAGCAGGCAGAUCCGCUUUGACGAGGGACACCUCCGACUCAGUGACCGCUCUUAUCUGUCCUUGGACUGGGAACCAGAAAUCAAGAAGAAGUUCUUUGAUGAGACCGUUGUCGAGGACUUUGACAAGCAUGAGAGCAUGGAAUACAAGCCUCAGAAGAAGGCUUUCUUCAAGCUGAAGGACUGCAUCGAGCUGUUUACCACGAAAGAAAAACUGGGAGCAGAGGACCCAUGGUACUGUCCAAACUGUAAGCAGCACCAGCAGGCCACUAAGAAGCUGGAUCUGUGGUCUCUGCCGCCAGUGCUGGUAGUCCAUCUGAAACGCUUCUCCUACAGUCGUUAUAUGAGAGAUAAACUGGACUCCCUUGUUGAUUUCCCACUCAGAGACCUGGACAUGUCUGAGUUCCUGAUCAACCCCAACGCCGGGCCCUGUCGCUACGACCUCAUUGCUGUGUCCAACCACUAUGGCGGGAUGGGUGGAGGCCACUAUACUGCUUACGCCAAGAACAAAGACGACGGGAAGUGGUACAACUUUGAUGACAGCAGCGUGUCUCCUGCCAACGAUGAUCAAAUAGUGUCCAAAGCAGGCUAUGUGCUGUUCUACCAGCGGCAGGACACGGUGAAAGGCACCGGCUACUUCGCUCUCGACCGCGAGGAAGAGGAGGAGGAGGAGGAGGAGGAUGAGGAGGAGGAGGAGGAAGGAGGAGAAGAGGAGGAGAACGAAGGCGAGGAGAGGCAGGAGAGAAAGGCCGUCACCUCUGCUCAGGGCGCCUCGUCUGCCGCCGCUCUGAGCGACGAGGAGGACUUGAACGAGAACCGGCGCAGGAAGAACAACAACGAGCAGGAAGAUGAGGAGGAGGAGGAAGAAGAGGAGGAGGAAGAAGAGGAGGGGCGGGCGCCCAAUCGAGACGUCAACAUGAAAACCAACUGAGGCAAAUGAGGACAGGAAUAAAUGGAGAGAGAGACUAGGAUCUUUCCAUCCAAAGCCAUAUGGACACACAGCAUGGCAGCGAGCGCCACCUGGCCCACCCAGCGGCUCGGACUCGGCCGCUUGACAGGCGGAGCCACUGCGGGGAUGACGGCUGUUAGGUCAGGGAGCUGCCGCGAUACGCAGCUCUAAGAAAUCAGGGCCCUCCUGUGUGGUUGGAUCACUAUGUGUGUGUGUGUAAAGUGUGUGUGAGUGUGUCGACACGUCCAUUCGUUUAGGAUUUGCUCACCUGCUCUCUGAAAAGACUCACUGAACGACAUUGGGGAACGAUUUCGAGGCUUCACAGUACUUUGGUGUAGCGCUCUGAAUCAUCCUCUGCUUUUUGUGUUCCUUUGUUGUUGUUUUUUACAUUUUUUUGAGAGCAAUGCAUUGUUGGCAUAUCAUUUUAUUAUCAUUUAGACCUUGUAAAUAUUUUAAACACUGAAUUAUAUCGGGUUUUCAUGAUGCGCUGAAACAUUUUGAACUUGCACAAUCACCAACCAUCCACCUUUUUUAUGUAUUAUUGCCAGACAUACUGCAAAUGUUUAACAGCGACUUUGUCUCUCAGAGGGUUCUCACAUAAAACGCUUAGGAAGCCGCCUUGUUAGCCAUUGGUGAAACGUGUCUAUAGUCUAGACUCAACGUAGAGAAGUGAUGCUCAUAGUUGUGUGGUUUUAUGAAGUGUCGAACAGCCAAACUGUCCUAGCUUUGUACUGCUGCUGCUGCUACUGCUGUGAUCUUGCAUUUUAGACAGAUUAUUAAUGAACUGGCAUGAACCUUAGUGAUAUAAGGUCCUGCUUUCGCUGUCUCUGCUCUCUGUUGAUAAUUUAUAUUUCUUAAAACCUAAAAUAAAGCAGGAUUGAGAAGUUAUCCAGCUAACUUUGCAAAAUAACCAAAUGGAUUCUAACUUUGCAUAUUUUAUCUGCAAAAAUGAAUUAGUAAAAGCUGUUACAGAAGUUUUGAGUGUUCAAAUCCAUAAGCACUCUGUCUUAAUCAACUCAACAUACUGUGCAGGGAUUGCAACAAAUUUCUGUUAAAAAGUUAAAUGGCAGACUCGUAGAUCCUACGCCACAAAUCUCCUCUUCAAUGCUCCCUCUUUAAGUUAUUCACAGGUGGUGUUUAAAGCUUUACCACGGCUCUGCGCUCUUCCUCCUCCUCAUAAUCGAGGCACUGUGAGAUUAGAAACAUCGGUGAUUUCGCUGACAUCAGAUGGGUCAUCUCUUGUUUGGAUCACCUCGGCCUUAACUCUUAAUCUCAGACCAGUCGCCUUUUCUUUGCACAUCACUAUCGCACCGUCUUUCUUGCACGGCCCCUUCAGACACCAACACUCGUGUACGAAUGUCCGUAUUAUUUGCCUGCUUGUUAUAUCGGAGCCACGUCAUCUAAACAUUUUUUUUUAACCCACUAGAGGGCCAGAAUGUAUGGUUGAUGCCUUUUUGAUUCUCUAUAGGGCCAGAUUUGUUUUUUCCUUCCUUCCUUCCCCCCCCCCCAUGGCUCCCUUUCUUGGUUUGGUUGAAUGUGAUGGUAAUGGGUUCUUUGCCUUUGAUAUUAGCUGUAUGAAUUCAUGGGUACUGCUGAAUGCGCCCCUUUACAGAGGGGGAAACAAUGCAUCUUUGUGGUCCUGAUUUUUGAGAAUGGGUGGGGGGACAAAACUAAAAACUAUGGGGUGAGUUUGCCUGAAAGGCCUUUCAGCUUUUGGGAUCAUGAUACAGUGAAAAUAUUUUGUGGCAGAUUGUUGCAGGAUAUUCCUCCAUCAAUAUAACUCAUGAUAAAAUCUAUUCUCCAUGGUGGAGUGUUAUGUUUUCUUUUUCUACCUGUUCUUUCCAUUGUAAACAGCAUUAGCGUACCUGUUGUCGCCUCAGAAUAUUAGAUGUGUACCAUGCCUUUAUGAGCAUCUCUGUGCUUUGACUUCAGUGGGCUUCAUUGCCUCAGCGCUGCCUUGCUUUUCGGGCGACUCACCCCAUCCUGACUGAGUGAGAUGUGAUUGCUACUAUAGGCUUAUACAAUAUUGUACAUAAGAGUUCACUCUGUGAGUGCACAUUUGAUAAAGUUUAUUUAUUUAUAUGUAAGCAUUUAAUAAUAAACAGACAAUAUAUUUAAAACCUUGGCAAGGCCUGAAAUGUCGGGGGGAGGGGUGGGGGUGGGGGUGGGUUUGGGGUGGAGCAAGUCCACACAUACACACUAGUUUGCAAAGUCUUGCCUGUGCUCUUGUCAGGGAGGGAAUAUUUUUUAAAAAAAAGGAUGGUUCUGUUGUUUUGGGACUUUUUUUGUAAAAAUAAUCCAGACAUCCUUGCAUGAAGACAUAACGGGGGUUUCCAGGUUUGGCUGCACUUGAGUUCACUUGGGUUUACAUUUGAAAUGUGCAUGUGUAUUUAUACACAAUCUUCAAUAAAGUUGUGUAAAGCUUC